GUGACAAUGACGUCAUAAUUAUGCGACUACCCAAACUUCAGUGAGGAACACAAAUAUUGAGCAGUUCAAUUGAAAGCUCGAAAUAUUCAGCACCGUGGGGUUUGUGUCCGGAGCUGCAGCGUCUCCAGGAGGAUGGCGGACCGGGAGGAGCGCCGUUUUGCCGAAGUUUCCCGAGACUCUGUCAAACUGAUGGCCGAGAGCGCGGGCGUGGAGCUCGGAGAUGAACUAGCGGCUCUUCUGGCCGAGGAUGUGUGUUACCGACUCAGAGAAGCUACACAGAGCAGCUCCCAGUUCAUGAGACAUGCAAAGAGGAGGAAACUGACUGUGGAAGACUUUAACAGAGCUCUGCGAUGGAGUAAUGUGGAGGCCAUUUGUGGAUAUGGUGCUCAGGAUGUUAUGCCUUUUCGCUCGCUUAAAGAAGGGGAACUAUUUUUCACUGAGGACAGAGAGAUUAACCUGGUGGAGCUUGCCUUAGCCACUAACAUACCCAAAGGCUGUGCCGAGACUCUGGUGCGAGUGAAUGUCUCAUAUCUUGAUGGAAAAGGAAACCUGGAACCCCAAGGAACUGUUCCCACAGCAGUGCAGUCUCUGUCUGAUGACCUGCUGAAAUACUAUCAGCAGAUCACAAGGGCCAUUCUGGGGGAGGACCUCCAUCUUAUGAAGGUGGCUCUUCUAGACCUUCAGUCAAACUCUAAGAUUGCUGCCCUUCUGCCUUACUUUGUUUAUGUCAUCAGUGGGGUCAAGUCAGUGAGUCACGAUCUGGAGCAGCUGAACAGGCUCCUGCACAUGGUGAAGAGUUUGGUCCAGAACCCGUAUCUCUACCUGGGCUCGUAUGUGCGCAGUUUGGUCUCUAGUGUCAUGUACUGCAUCCUGGAGCCUCUGGCCGCCUCCAUCAACCCGCUGAACGACCACUGGACUCUCAGAGACUACGCAGCUCUGCUCCUCAGCCAUAUAUUCUGGACCCAUGGAGAUCUGGUCAGUGGUUUAUAUCAUCAGAUUCUGCUGUCACUGCAGAAAGUCCUGUCUGACCCCGCGCCGCUCUGCUCACACUACGGGGCUGUGGUGGGCCUUCACGCUCUAGGGUGGAAGGCCGUGGAGAGAGUGCUCUUCCCUCACCUCCCUGCGUACUGGGCCAACCUCCAGGCUGUUCUAGAUGACUACUCUGUUUCAAAUGCCCAGGUCAAAGCAGAUGGGCAUAAAGUCUAUGGAGCCAUUUUGGUGGCAGUAGAGCGCCUCCUGAAGAUGAAGGCUCUUUCUCUGUCCCAGCCUGCUGAAGGAAGCUCCAGUGGUCAGCCUGGUUCUAUGACAGGAGGCCUGGGCUACAGGGUGAGCUCCCCCGGCCUCAGCCCCCCUCCGGAGCCACUGUCUGAGGCUGCUCUGGGCAUCGCCAGCCACCUUCAGGCUGGGGGAGCAGGCUGCCCCUGGGAGGAGUGGACCCCUGUACCACUGCCUGACAUGUACUCUGAGCUCUACUCCUUCUUUGGGGACAGUCUGGCCGUGCGCUUCAGUACAGGGCCGGGCUUUGGGAGCUACCCUGCCUGUGCCCCCUCUCACACUGGGGAUGCUAAGAAGGAAGUCUCAGGUCCGACCUCCAACAGUGACACCACACGGAAAAUGCCACAGCUGACGGCUAAUCUCAACAUCAGCCCAAGGCAGGACGGGAGUCCACGCACUGACCCCCCUCCUCCCAGUCUGGCCGCCACAGGGUCAGGAAGAUCUGUGGCGCGCUCCUCUUCUGUGCCUCGCUCCAGGUCCUCCUCGUCUCGCUCAGGUCAACGCUCGGUCGGACCGUCCCGGGACGUCUUUCCCAAGGCCCGUUUCACCUCUUCCCAGAACACACCUCCAGCUUUCUCUUUUCUGAUUGGUGGACGUCAGAUGGGCCGCCACUGCCAAGGCCGACGCCCCUUUCAAACUACAUUUGCCCCAAACCCUCCUCUCUCUGCCAUCCCACCGCGAGCUUAUGCCCACAAACUGUCCGUGAUUGGCAGAGUGGGCAAACCUGUGCGGCGCUGGGCACAUUCUCACUAUUCACUUCACCUUCCUCUGUAGAGAACUAUUACUACAGAGUCUCAAAUGGACAUUUUUGUAUUAUUUUCAUUGUAUAUAUGUAUCAUUUUUCACUGUAGUUUGUAAUUAAAGAAGUGAUUACAUUAAAUUGUUAUUUGUUAAACUUAA